AUGUUCCUAACAUUGGGGGUAGACAUUAAAAUAAGGGCCAAAAUCCAUGCCAACGAAUUCGUUAAAUUUGCUACCCUAUUGCCCAAUGACCUUGAUUAUGAAGAAACUGAAAAGUAUAAGUCAGUAGAUAAAGAUGGUCAGUUAAUCUUCGUUAAGACAAAUGAAAAAGGUUCAUUGAAAACAAUCAACAAGUGGGUCGAGGCCUUCCACAUAUUUGUAGCCAUUUAUGCGGAGAAAUUCCCCCAUGAAAUUGGUCAACUGAUGACCUACGCACACACUGUGCAAAAAAUCGCCGACUCUUGUGGGGAUCGAGCGGCCUUACUGUAUGACGAAAAAUUUCGGCGUUGGCGCGAAAAAGAACCUUCCUCGUGUGCAUGGGAUAAGAAAAAUAUUGAACUAUAUCAAGAAGCUUUAGUCUCGGGCCUAGACUUCAAGCUUAAAAGCAAGAAACAGCCCUUUCGUGCCCAACCCAAGCAACAUAGCUACUGCUACUCCUACAACAAUCUUGGAUCAUGCAAUAAAAUCAACUGCCCCCACCAGCAUGUCUGUCAGUACUGUGCGGGAAAGCACCCUCGUCAACGAUGCUACAACCGAUCAAAACAAGGCUUUUCAAAACAAAACACUAAUAAACCCAGUAGCACAUCCAACAAACCAGCACCUUUGUCCAAGUGAAAAAGAUAUA